GUUAGGUUUUGUUUGUAGUUGGUAGUAGAUUUUAUCUAAAUUUGAUAACUAUAUAUCGUAAAUAUUGAUACAUAUUUUAUUUACGGUAUUUAUAUAUACCUUAGAUUCCUUAUCAUUAAUGAAUAAUAAAAAAGAAUAAUUUAUGAAUAUAUAUCUUUCAUUAUUCGUAUUUUUCUCUUUAUCUGAUAUCGAAGUAUUUUCAAAUGAUAACUUUCAUAAUAACUCGGAGGUACCAUCGCUAUUUCAAAGUGUUUCUCCAACCUUCUUACUCAAACAAUAACAAAAGCAAUAUGAGCACCAGUCCACACAUCUGUGAUAUAAAAACUUUUAUAUUUUUUGACACAGAAACAACAGGGCUACCUUUUUAUGAGAAUAACAAGACUCGUAUCAUUGAAUUAAGUUUAGUGGCUGUACAAGCAAAUCACCUAAGGCUUAGAGUAUAUCCGAGAGUCCAGAACAAGCUAAGCUUAUGUUUCAAUCCAUGGAAGUUAAUUUCAGCAGAGGCAGAAAAAAUUACAGGCUUGUCCAACUUUAAGCUAGAAGAACAACAAAAAUUCAAUGAAAGUACUGUGAAAAUGAUUAACAAUUUUAUAGAACACAAUAUGCAACCAGUUUGCCUUGUUGCACAUAAUGGUAAUAAUUUUGAUUUUCCUAUUUUGAGAAAAGAGAUAAACAAUACGAACAAACCUCUAGUUGAAGAUGUGUAUUGUAUCGAUACUCUUACAAUGCUUAGAGAUAUCAGCAAAGCAGGAUCUGAAACCUUAAAAUCUGAGGCCAACAGUUCCAACACUACAAAUGGAAUACCUUUUGAUUUAACUGACUCUCUGUUAAUAAGUAUAACAGAGGAAAUGGAAAAAACUAUUCCACCCAAGGUGGCUAAAGCACAGAGGACUAAUGAAACCACACCACAGAAGCAAAUAAUCAGAGAUGCUCCCCCUCUGAAGAAGUUGAAAGUCUUGAGUAGCAGAAAGCAACUCAACUUUGGUGAAAGCUUCAAAUUGAAUGAUGUAUACAAAAGCCUAACCAAUAAAGUUCCAGAAAACCAUCAUCAUGCUGAAGCAGAUGUACAGAUGUUGAUUGAAUGUGCUGCAGUCUUAGGAGAUGUAUUUGUAGACUGGGCUAAUAGAAAUGCUAGAAAAUUUUUAGAUAUACCUCCUAUGGCAAUUGGAAAAAAGAUAGGAAGAUGAAUUUUACUGAUUUUAUCAUAGAUUUUACAUGGGGUUUUCUCCACUUUUAUAUUGUACUGUUUUAAGAUGUCUUUUAUCUGUGUAACGCUUUACAAUUUUUUAUGUCACUGUUUUAAAUCUUAUUUUAUAUUCACAUAUUCAUAACUAAUUAUAAAGAACAUAAUAUUAUUAAUAUUUAUUUGGUUUUUAAAUAAAAUGUAUCUCAAAC